AUGAAUGCUGCGUCGCGCCGAAAGCCCCAAAUCCCUUCCUGCCUAAUGGAAUAUACCGCAAGGCGGCAUCGUGACGUAAACCCGCGCGCUCUUGCUCCCGAUUCGCCUCUGCCGACCGAGCUUCCUAAAGCGACAGUUACCAUUGCCCAUCAUUAUCAAUGCGCGUUGGAGCUUGGACCCGAGAUGACAGAAGGCCAUGUCGAGCUGCCUCAUCUUAUACAAUGCCAAGACGCCAAACCCCCUGUCAUCUUCAGUGAUGCGACGUGA